AUGAAAGGGGAAGCAGAUGAGUUAACAAAGGUGAUAAUAGUGAGGAAGCAGAAGGAGACAAACAAGGGAGAGUCGUAUCUGGAUGAAAAAUCGUUGAUGCCAUCAAGAAAAAGUGAAAAGGUGGUGACAGAAGCCGGAUCUACAGAGGACAAGACGGAAAAGCAGGUAGAUAAGUCAAUGAAGAUGAUAGUGGUGAAGAAAUGGAAGGAAACAAACAAAGGAUGA